AUGGGAGAAAAGGCUCUGAAAGACGACCUAAAGGAACACUCUGAAGCAGACACCGUCCUGGAUGUAUUGAAUGGUCAGCCGUCGCUGGAUGAGCUGCUGCGGGCUCUGGAGACCGUGGCCCACAUGCUGGACAGGGGGGACACCAAGGCCCACCAGAGCGCAAGGAUAACGGGUAUUCUCGUGGACUGCAUCUUGCCUGCCUACCUGCCGCUGGUUUUCUCCAAAGAAGCAUCCCCGGUCACCGAAAAACUCAAAAGGUCCCUCUGCACCUGCCUGGGCGGCAUUGCUGGUAUUAAGGCUGUUCUUAUGAGGAUCAAAAGCCUCUCCGAGGCACAGGGCACCGCAUUGUGCACUGCAAUGCGCUCCCCUGCAUUCUUCUGCCACAUCGGCGAGCUCCUCGCCAUCCUCGAGGAAAUCCUCUGCUCCGACGGGAACCUCAUACCAACGUGGCUGCGUUGCCACCCCACCGUUCCUGCACCGGCCGCUGCGGCUCUAGACACUCCGGUUGCACCGAGUGCACCGGUUGCAGACGCACCGGAGUCACCGGAGCCCUUACCGGAGCCCUUGGCCGUUGCUUCCCCGCCUUCCCUCGCUUGGAACGAGUAUGUCUCCCUUGUCGCCGGCGGUCGCCUCCUCGGCAUCGCCUCCCAGGGACUACACACGCUCUGCCGGCACACUGACCCCGCCGCUCGCCCUGUUUUCUGGGUCGCCGACGGCUCCGCCUACGCUCGCCACUUUGGACGCGAGAUGCUCGCGUCCCUCUCCCAUCCCUCCUUUCGCAGUGACAUGCUCCACGCCUUCUCCUCUCUCCUCAGCCGCUUCUUUUCCCUGGGUUACACCGCCCUCACACAGACUCUCCUUCUGCUCGCUGCCCGGCUGCCGCCGGGUCUCCUGCACGCCUUCACCCACUCUGCGCCGUACCUCGACGGGCUCACCAAUCGGCUUGGCGCUUCUUCAGAGCGUGCACGCUUCCUCGGCAUGGUCGUCGGCGAAGCCCUUACGAGGCGCCUGUUCCCGUGCAGCCCGCAGCAGUGGCUAACCUUUGACAUCCGCGCGCCUGAGGCCGACUGGUGGAGGAGCAUCGCGCUCUCCACGCCCGCCGAGGCGCCGCAGCCGCCCGACGCCAGCGCGUGCCCGCAGCCAGCGAGCACAAGCGUCUCGACGGACUCUGAGUCUGCGGACUCUGACGACGACCCAGCCCUUGUCUCUGAGAAGGUUGCAGCGCCUGUGUAUGUACCCCCGCGUGCUGGGCGCUGCUCACUGCCCAGAUAUGUACGUGAUCUCGUCGCGAUGCUCAGGGACGCGUCCUACCCGCGUUUGCGUGCGGCACUGCACGCGGCGCCGGCGCUGAUCCGCCGGAAGGCGGCCUUUGGCACCGAGCUUACGCACCAUGCGUUGGCGCUGGCGCGCCUGCUCGCGGCACUUAAUGACGAGUUUGGGCUCCGGGGGUUUGUCGAGCACAAGCUGGCAGCGCUGACAGCGUUGGUGGCCGCGUGCCCGGACCCCGUUGCCCCGUACCUGGUUGACGAGUACUUUACGGGCGACAUCUCUGUGCAGCAGCGAUCGAUGAUUCUCUCUGCGCUGGCGAUGGGCGCACACGAGAUUGCCGCGGGCGACGCGCAGGCGCCCUUUCCCUCGCGCAGCCUCCCGCCAACGCUCCAUGCGCACUAUCUCGCGCUCGACGCGCCGCGCACGCCGCGUAUACACGGUAUGUCACGCACACACAGCGCACGCACUGUGCACACAGCCGGCCAUAUGCCAUGCAUGCAUGUGUUGAGUGCGUUGUAUGCGCACUAUAUGCGUCAUGUAUGCGUCAUGUAUGCGUCAUAUAUGCGUUGUAUAUGCGCUGUGUAUGCAGUGUGCUGUAUGCGUUGUGUGCUAUACACACGAUAUAUGCUAUGCGCGCACUGUAUGCUACACGCGUUGUAUGUACGCGCUAUGUAUACUGCAUACAGUGUAUGUAUAGCAUAUAGUGCGUGCAACGCAUGCAACACGUAG